GUAGCAACAGAAGAAGAAGAAGAAGAAGAAGAAGAAGACUUGACGAUUGUCGUCAUUUCGCGGAAGCCAUCGACGACCUGAACCACAGUCCUGUGCAAUAUUGACCCUGAGCUCGACGGAAAAGCAAGAUUCGAUACUGAUUUACAAACAUGUGGGAUGGACCAGGGCAAGGACCACGGGGAGGACCACCCUUUCGCGGUGAUCAUCGUGGAGAGCGGUUUGGCGGCAGAGAUCGUCCCAUGCCUGAUUUUAGAGGUAGAGAUGGGAUGAACAUGGGUCCCAUGGGUCAUAUGGGCCCGAGACCUCAAGAUAUGCCUCCCAUGUCCCCUAUGGACAUGAGGAGGAUGGAGGGCCCCCCCAUGAGGGGGCGUGAUAUGGACCAACGUGAUAUGAGAGGCCGAGAGCCAAACAGAGAUUUUUGCCGAGCUGGAGAGGAGUCGGACUUCAGUCUGAGAAGACAUUAUGAAAUUUCUAUCCGAGACAAACUGAUGAAUUCCUCUGGUUUCCAAGGACCAGGCAGCAACUUAGACAUGGGAGGGAGGGGCAUGCCACCACGGGAGCCAAACAGCAGAUUUAUGGACAUGAGAGACAGGGAGUUAUUUCAAUAUGAGGGGCCACCAUUCAACAAUCCCAAUACUGAUGGAAGAAGAGGGUUUCCCAUGGACCGGCUGGAGCGAAGUGAUGGCUUUAGGGACAUGCGUGACAGGGCCCAACCAGGCAUCGAUGACUCUGAGGGCUUUAAUAUGGACUUGCCACCACAUGAACGGCGAGCGAUGGACACCGACCGAAGAGGAGGGCCACCUUUCAAUCCAAGAGGUGGAUUUGCUUCCGAUAUGGAUUUCAGAAAUCGUCCACCGGAGUUUAGAGACAGGGAUCGAUCUCCCAUACGAUUUGGAAACAGUGAUGUUCCCCCGGUGGACAGGGCAAGAUCAAACAUGCCCACGGCUGCGGGCCCUCAAAGAUCAGAGUUUAUGGGCGCACCAAACCUCAUCCGAGAGAGAGAAUAUGUCGAUUCAAGCGGCAGCCCCCUUAUGGACUAUCGAAGCGGUGAAGAGAUGACUCUCGCAGAGGAAUGGAAGAACCGUCGGAAGGACAAGACUCCUCUCUUGGAAGUUGGUAAAGGUAUGGGAGAUGUGACGAAACCUAGCUUCCCCGUGGGUUUUGGCCGAGACGUGAAUGUGAGAGAUCCACCGUCGUUUCAGCCAAGGGAUCGGCCACCUGUCAAGUUCCCGGGGAAAGAGGUCGGCUUUCCUCACGGGGACCACUUUCCUGCCAUGGGUCUACCAUCAAUUGCCAGCAAAGCUCCGCAAGACCAUCCACGCCAGGAUAUAGGUCUUCUCAAUGAGAGCGAGCCUUGGCUCGGCGAAAGGAACCCGAAGCACAGGCCCAACAAAUCCAACUGUGACGAAAGGCUCCUGUACCACCAAGAGAAGAGUCUGCCUUCGCAUGUGAUGCAGAAGCCAAACGAUUGUUUUGAAGGGCUAAAAGAUGUCCCGCAUCAAGGGCCUGCUCGGGGAAACGUGGGGGCAGAGGGUGAUUUCCAAAGCGCCGGCUCCGUACAGACAAGAGAUCAAGACUACAGGGACAUCGACUACAGAACCGGGUCCGGGAGGGCUUUUGAUUACAAGCACCAGGCACUUCCAGCCCCGGAGAAACUCCUCAAGGAGACUAAACCAGUCACUCCUUCAAAGUUUAGUGAGUCCGGUUCACAGGAUCAAGAUUACAGAAAUGCGUCAGUGGAGGACAAGGUUUCCAACACAAUAUCCAUCAUUGGUAUCCCAAAGACUGCCACAAUGGAGCAGAUCCUGGGCGCCUUCGCGGUCCGUGACGGCGUGCCGAUGCAGGGGAUGAAAAUCAAAAAUGUUAUGCCAGGUUACAGCUACGAUACGGCCUAUGUGGAGUUUUUAAACCUCGAGGAUGCAGUCCACUUCAUGGAGUCCAACAAGGGGUCCCUAAAGGUUGGCAGUAGAACGACAUCCAUGAAGUACAUACAGCCGGAAGAGCAUGAAAGAAGUGUUAACGAAUCAAAUCCCAAAGUACCUCAACUCCAGGAGCCCCCGUUGCCCAGACCAGAUGAGCCUUUAGAAAAGUUGAAGGCCAACCUAGAUGGGUCCAAACUUAAAGACCCUCCGGAGCCAUUGCCCCAUGGCCAGUGGCAGCGCAGCUCCGACCUGACCCCUGAGGCCUGGCAGCAGCAGGUGGACCAACAGCUCCAACUGCAGGAAACGGAUCAGCAGCCAGAGUCUUGGGCCAACCGCAACCUCCCUCAUCACGCUUCCCCCCAACCCGACUCCGUCUUUAAAGACAGCAAAACCAUGAUCAUCAAAAACGUGAAGCCCACCACCACAGUAGAGACCAUCCUGAAGGCCUUGGAUCCCUUCGCGUAUCUGGAUGAACGAAACGUCCGCCUGGUCAAGGCCAAGCCUCCCGGGGCCAAGUGUUUCUGCUUCGUCGACAUGGACUCCCACGAGCAAGUGACACGCCUGGUUGAGCUCCUCACGAAACCCAGACCCAUUUAUGUUGAUGGAGUCAGAGUUUACGCAGAGGUGGCAAAACCCUUGAAGAACCAAAAUUUCAGAAGAGACUCUGAUAAAUCAAACUGUUCCAUCCUCGGGUUCCCCCCCGAGACGAGCAUGUUGGGGCAUCCGUACCAACCACCUCCCCAUCACCUGCAACUUCUGCAGCCACCUGCUUGUGCCUCCACUGGACUGCAAGCUGAUUUCCCACCUGGCAGCGUUAAUCCUCCUCUGUCAUCAGACUUCGGCAUUGCACAGGGAGUUGGCUACGGGGAUCCUCCCGCUGUGGAUCCAGCGUACCUGGCUGGUGGACCGCAGGUGCCCACAGAAUCGGCUGGGUUGACAGACGGCUCGCAGCCCUACGUCUAUGGCUCUGAGAUUCCAGACAUGACCAACUACUUGUACGAUUCCACGUCGGGCUUCUACUACGAUCCUGAGACGACCCUUUACUACGACCCUACAUCUAGAUACUUCUACAACGCUCAAACCCAGGAAUACAUGUACUGGGACGCCGCAUCAAAGACCUACAUCCCAGUUCCAGGAGGCAAUCCAACAGCGACCCAACCGGUGAUCAUGACCGCUGAGGAUCAGGCCAUCCUUUCCAACCCAGCCGCAGAUGCUCCCCUGGAGAUGAAGAAAGUAUUGGACCCUCCGGACACCGCAGAAGAUCCAGAACCAGUUCCCCUCUCCGAUGCCGGCUCUGCUCCGGAUUCUCUCCCAGCGUCCUCAUCAGCAGCUUCUGAAAGGAAAGACGAUGACGACUCCAGAAAGGACAAAGAGAAGGACAGCGAGAAGCCCAGAAGCCUCGCUGCUGUCAAGAUUAUGAAAGACAUGGAGCGCUGGGCAAAGAUCCAGAAUCGUCAGAAGGAAGGCGUCCGUUCCUCGUCACCGUUGCUGAGGAGCGGGAUGGACGACGACCGGAGGCAGUCAAAGACGGCUGACGCUGGUUUUGCCGUCUUCGAGAGGAAGAUAUCAGGUGCAGAUGAUCUUUUUAAGAAGCCCCUUGCUCCUCUUAAGAAAGAUGAAAAGUCAAAGCGUCCAAUGGGCUCCCUGGGUCUGCUGGCAUCAGACUACGCAGCUGGAAGUGACGAAGAGGUGGAGGAAGACAAGGAGGACGCCUCUAAAAGUUUUCAAAGUGGCCAGUCGGAAGACUCUGAUACCAAACUGACUGACUGGAAGAAGAUGGCCUGCCUGCUGUGCAGGAGACAGUUCCCCAACAAGGACGCUCUCAUCCGCCACCAGCAGCUCUCCGACCUGCACAAACAAAAUAUGGAGAUCCACCUCAAGAUCAAGAGGUCAAAGAAGGAGCUGGAGGCACUGGAGAACCAGGAAAAAGAAUUGAUUUCCAAAGAACCCACCAGGUCACCAGAACCGAAAAGAAGGAAACAACAACAACCGCAGCAUCAUAACAGCUGGGCUGGAAGCUCCAGGGAGAUGAAUAAAGGGAGCGAUCGGCCUGGUUUAGGAGCGGAACCCGUCCCGCAGAAGAAAAAGAAAGAGCCUGUCGUUUGGGAUCACACCACCUACAAACAAGCCGUACGCAAGGCCAUGUUUGCACGGUUCAAGGAACUCGAGUGAACUCGUCACGAACACAUCCUCACUUUGAUAACCUGUGAAUUGUUAAUAUGAAAUAUGCUUGACCACCGUGGCAUAAGAAAUCUGUUUGACUCUCUUUAUAUUAAUUACACUAUCGAACCAGUUUUCUACACUGAAAUCAUGUGAAACAAUAAUAUGUGUUGUAUAAAUCGCAUCACAAUGCUACAGUGGGGCUAAGAGUAAAGAAGUCAGACUGAUUCGGCAUCCUCAACAAUGGAUGUUGAGCCGAAGGUGUUUAUUCACGGUGUGUAUUUUUGCCCCUAUUUUAUGUGCGGCAUGUAUGUUUAGAAGUAAAGUGUGCCCAGGUAGUAUUUUUUUUUCUAUGAUACUCUUACACUGGCCACAUAUGCAUUUUGUUUUAAAACAGAUUUUUUUUUUUUUUACAUUUUCAUGGGUCGAUAUGUUGUAUGUACACAUUUUAAGUAAAAAAAAUAUUCUGGACUAACUUUUCUGAA